CGAGUUUACAGUUGUAUGCUAGUUUAAUUAGCAGAACUGCUUUGCAAAUAUUAGGCUGAGCGCUGUUUCAGUCGCGUUCAUUCUAAUGGUUUUCAGACUCUUCAGCAAGCUCCGAGCUGAAAAGCAGGCUGCCCAGGCAGAAGAGGACGAGAGGUUGGAUCUAGCACUUGACCAACUUCGACUUAUCGCUGGAGUGGAGUUUGACGGCGACCUUGCCAAAGAAGAGAUUUGGUGGAGGGACCACUUUCUAUGGUUGAAGGAUAUCGGCUAUCAACUGCGUUCGCGCUACGCCCCGGGCUGGGUUCCUUCAUGGCAGGGCACUGACAAGAAUUGGGUUGCGUGUGAAGACAGCUUCUGGUUGCCAACCGCACAAGUGAUCAGUGCAAUACGAACUUCUGAUGGUGCUCAUGUCAUUUUGAAGCGAAUACAGCCGUCCCGUCAUCCGCAUGAAAUUGAAAUAAGUAGAUUUGUUGCAUCUGAACCACUCAGGUCGCAGCGCGAAAACCAUUGCGUAGCGGUGCUCGAUGUACUGGAUGUGCCAAAUGAUCCGGACGAGGCAAUUUUGAUAUUGCCGCUGCUUCGGGAUUUUAACGAUCCACCAUUCGAAACAAUCGGCGAGAUUAUCGACUUCGUUGUCCAAGUCUGUGAGGGCUUGCAAUUCAUGCACAAACAUAACAUAGCACACCGUGAUUGUAUGAAUUUGAACAUCAUGAUGGACCCCUCAAGAAUGUUUCUCGAGCCAUACCACCCGUGCGCUCCCCAUAAGCGCUUCGACAUGAAAGGUCGAGUCAAAUUUCUUUCACGUACGGAGUCCUCCCCACGAUAUCUUUUUAUCGACUUCGGGAUAUCGCGCCGUUACGACAGUUUGGAAGGCGGCGCACCAUUAGAGCCUCCUAUCUUGGGAGGGUACAAGAACGUCCCAGAGUUUCAAUUGUCUCUUGAACCUCAAAAUCCGUUCCCGACAGAUGUGUGGUACUUGGGAUAUAUGCUACAGCAAGAGCUAUUACAUGUUUAUCGAGGGUUAGGAUUCCUUGAACCCUUAGUCUCACAAAUGGUGCAGAGUGACCCAGCGAUGCGACCCACCAUGGACGAGGUCGUUUCUCGCUUUGCACCGACAUACAAUGCCCUGAGCCCCUGGAGAUUGCGCUCUAGAGCAGUUCAAAAGGAGGAGUGGAUUCUUGUAGCGCUGUUGCGCAGUUUCGUUCAUUGGAUGCGGACCAUACGGUACGUUUGGAGGGGUUUCCCUGCUAUCCCGUCGCGUGUCAUGUAACACCCUCGUAUUUGAAAUGGUGCCUUGCAACUCGUGUAAAGUGCUGAUGCAAAUGUCCUUCCCUAUUCAUACCGACAUCAGUUAUCAAAGUGUUAUGGUG